AUGAAACAUCAACAUGCAUCCAACAACGAGGCGGGGAAAGGCACAACCAAAAGGGGAAGUGCGCCCGACAAGAGGAAAAAAGGAAAUGACAAACAAGGAAAACAGCAUCCUCCACCUCAAAUGAUAAUAGAGAAAAAAAAAGGAAAAAAAGAACCUAGUAUAAAGAAUGGAAACAUUGCUGGUGUAUUACCUCUGCACGACGAAAAAAAAGGGCCAUUGAGAAGUAAUAGCGUAGGUUCAAAGGAAAACGAGGAUGGUGUCGCCCAGGAGAAGAUGGGACAACCCAGCGGGGGAGCCAAAGCAGACACAAGGGAAAAGGAUGGCCGAAAGGACAAGCAAAGUACACAAGUCAUACAUGACACACAAGACGCAAAUGCCAAAGCACGCGUAAAGAACAAGGGGGGAAGCAACAAAAAGAGCCCUGACAAGACGAGCACCAGGAAAAGCGCAGAGAAGGCUUUGGACGCACCCCCAGUGAAACGCACUAAGAGAAGAAUCGGCCAAAGGAAGAAUCCAAAGGGAAAGAGGAGCCAAACGAAAAAGCAUAAAGCAGGACAUGACCAAACGGAGCAACAAAGCAUUAAAAGAGAACAGUCAUCAAAACGAAUAAUCUCCGCAAACGACAAAAGGGAAGGAGAAUCUCUACUAAAUGAAAGAAGCCUGAUGGCCAUUCAGCCCAGGCAGCUAAGCUUGGCUUCUUCGAAAAGGGGAGAAGACGUAGUAGGGGGGAGGAAUAACAGCACCAUUAUAGAGGUCACUCCGUCAGGUAGCAUCGACCAAAGUCGCAUAGAAAUAAAUGGCAUACGUCUAGGAAGCGUUGCGAGCUCCAUUUUCCACUUGAGUCAGAGUGCACAAUGGAGGGACGAGCCCGAGUCCCACGGCCUCAGCGUCAGCCCCAGCACCAGUCACGCUAGCAGUCGAGAAGGUAUUCCCUUUUUCAGCGGCGGAGUUAGUCGAGAUGGUAGUCCACAGGUCAAUCGCGCUGUCCGUUCACAGGUUAUUUUGCCUGUUAGUCGAGACACCAGUUCGCAAGUUGUUUACUUGGCAAGUCACUCGGUAAGCCACACAAGCAAGGAAGAACGGGGACACUCAAUUGGGCACUCUGCUACCCAUUCGAUUGGACAUUCUCCUAUUCAUCACUCCAUUGGACAUCCCGUUAGCACGUUAAUUGGCCACUCAGCUAGCCACACAAAUGAGCAGCACAGGCGUAGGCAUGAAAGCGGCCGCUCAGUCAGUUACUCAGUUAGCCAUUCCAGCAGCCCCUCAAUUAGUCGCCCACCUGGCCACUCAAUAAGUCACGUGCUUGGACACCCAGUGAGCCGCCUGAAUGACCUCCCGAUUGGACACCGCAUCAGGCGCGUCAGGGGAGGACCACGCCCUCUAUCACCAAAUAUAUACAGCAAUGGCGGCAUCAACGGUGACAUUCGUGUCCAGGAGAACAACCAACCCCGGGACACGUACGGAAAGAGCCUCUUCUGCGAACUGACGGAGGCCCUACGAAACGAUUCUAUGCAGACAAAUGAAAAGAGCAACAUAAGCAUUCAACUCAAGGCCGAGGAAAAAGAACUUCAAAUAAGUAUGAACGAAACGACUGCGCAUAUGUUGAGUAUGCAAAAGAACAACUCCAAGAGGUCUAUCGAUUUGAUUAAUUUGUCACAGGACUUAAAGACUAAAUCCAAGGGGAGUGUCGUUGAGAUGGGGAAGGGAAAGUGGACGAAGACCAUGACCACUUUGAAGAGCUCCAGGAAGGCGAAGAAGCAGGGGAGUAAUCUUCGCGUCAAAGCGAAGGGGAGAAAAAUGGCCACCCGUAGGGGAAGCGACCUCGGAAGGGGUAGCGGUGACUCCAACGUUGUGGAGGGGAAGGGGAAGGGCAUGGCCAAGGCGAAGACGAAGACGAAGGUGAGGAAAAAGGACGAGGCUAUUCGUGGAAGGACAAAAUUGAUUACCCCCCCAGAGGUGAAGAGGCCAAACAGGACGGGCAGAAUGGGCAAGGCGGAUGAGCCAAGGAAAGGGGCACAGGGGGUACCGAAAAUGGACAAAAAGGAGGACAAAAAGGAAGCCACAAAGGAGGUAAAAAAGGAGGCCACAAAAGAGGAUGGACAAAAAAACGAUAAGACGACGACGGAGAAAAAGAAGAACAUAGAGGAGUCGAACAAAAUGAGCAUAGAAGCAGUGAACAAGUUGAGAACAGUGGAGGUGAACAAAUUAAGAACAGGGGACAUGAACAGAAUGAUAACAGGCGAGGUGAACAAAUUAAGAACAGAGGAGAUGAACAAAUUAAGAACAGGGGAAGUGAGCAGAAUGAUCACAGGCGAGAUGAACAAGUGGAGAACAGGGGAAGUGAGCAGAAUGAUAACAGGCGAGGUGACCGUCGCGAAGGAAAGGGAAGAAGGGGAAGAGGAGAAGGCGAAGGCAGAGGAGGACCACGCGGGAGAAAAGUCAGACCGCGCAGAUGUAGGCGAGGUGGAAGAGGCGGAAAAGGAGGAAAACAGGACAGAAAAAAUCUUAGAGACAAAAACGGGGGACCCAGGAGAGGAUAGAACCCCAGAGGACGGGGCCCAAAAGGAAGAAGUAAAUGAAGUUAAAGUGCAAUGUCUGAAGGAAGACGGACGUGCACAUGUAGCGGAUGUCAACGAUGGGCAUCACAAGGGAAAGGGAAUAAGAACGAUGGAAGUUUUUCCUGAAAAGGUAGCAUCGAAGAAGAAAAUGAAAUCCAGGACAGGAGUGAAGGUACGUCAGAAGGAAAAGGAGAUUCGAGGGCAUGCAGGGGAUGAGCAGGUGUCUGUUGUGGGUGGGGGAGAAAGGAAGAGAAAAGCCGCUACUAAACUGUGCGUCGCGCACAGGGAGGAUAAAGCAUCGGUCCAGUUGUCCGUGGAAAAGGGAACCAUGAAAACUAAACACAACGAGGUAGAUAGCAUCCUGCAGAGGUACUUGCACUUGAGGGAGGAAGAAGAAGUUUCCGCGAAGAGGAAAUCUGCAUGGGAUGAUGUCCCAGAUGACCUGCUAUAUGCAGAAGGAAGGAAAUUCAAAAUUGAUGUUAUUAAUUUUGUACGAAAUAUAAGAGUAGGGGAAGAGUCCAUUCAUGAAGAUAUUCUAUUCUUCUUUGAUUCUUAUAAAAAUAAAUUAAAAAAAAAAAAAAAAAAAAAAAAAAAAAAAAAAAAAAAAGUAUUGUCCUUAAUUAAAAAGCUGUUCAAAUGUGAGCACUUUGAAUUAGACGGCAUUAAAUUAAUCUUGCAGAUCCUUGACAAAAUUGUAAUAAAAAUGAUGAAGGAAAUUAAGUUAGAGCAGAUUGUGAGAUGCUUCUCUCAGGUGACACAUUCAACAAAUGAUGGGCAGGUAGGUGGGAAGGGGAUAGCUUUUACUCAAGAGAAGAAUGGAAGCAAAGAUGCAGGUGGCACAGAUUAUUAUUCAGCAUGGAAUAGAAAUGGAUUAUCACCAGAUGAGAAACACCUGAACGAGUACAGAAAUAAAUUAUAUAAUGUUAUUUUCAGUCCGAGGACAGCACAAGGACUUGAUCCUUCCACCCUCUACUUCAUGCAACGGUGGAACGACAAUGCUAUGUUGAUCAUGCUGCGGGAAAAGUUGGAGGAAAUUCAACGGAGGAAGGUUGUGUUGCCACUGAGGGCCGCCAUCCCUCUGUCAUGCUUUAAAUUGUUAAAGCGUAAAGUUAUGUGCAACUUGACUAAUGCGUGUUGCACGACUGGCCGUGACAUGUGUGAUGGGGAGUUUUUUUCCUUGCCCCUUCCGCCACUCGCUUCCAGACGAGUGGUGAACAGUGAGGGGGGCGACUGCUUCGUGAAGGUCGGCGGUGCGAUUCGUGUGCUGGCGUCGAAGUAG